GCCGCUCGUGUUUUUGUUUGUCGCCGAAGGAGCGUGUCAGUCUUUCCUUCACUCUUGUUUUUGUGUGUGAGCUGUGUCGUUUGAGUCUCUGGAUGUGUCCUGUCCUCACCCACACAACGGACCUGUCUGCCGCUCGGUAUCCGGUCGCGUCAGUCAAACCGACACCGACAGCGAGGCCGCGGUUCUCUUUUAUAUUCAUCAGCGGAGCUGGACCCGCGCACCAGGACCCAGUCCAGCCCGGCUCGGCUCGGUUCGGUGGACGGGACACAGCGGGGAUUUAAACGACAGAGCCCGACCAGAGAUGGAGAAACGCAGACUGAUGUGAACGGAACCAGCGCUAUGGAGAUACAUCCACUAUGCACUAAGCUUUGUCAUCAUAAAGCUGUGGAGCUGAAGGAUGAUGUGUGUGAGAAACAGAGUGCGGUCACCAUCAAUCCACGUCACAUGAGGAAGGCUUUCCGGAUCAUGAAUGAGCUCCGCAGUCAAAGUGUGUUAUGUGAUGUCACCAUCAUUGCGGAGGAUGUGGAGAUAGCUGCUCAUCGAGUCGUCUUAGCGGCGGGGUGUCCGUACUUCCACGCUAUGUUUACAGGAGAGAUGACUGAGAGUCGUCAGAGGAAGGUCCGAAUCAAAGAGAUUGACGGCUGGACUCUGGGAAUGCUGAUCGACUAUGUUUACACUGCUGAGAUCCAAGUAACAGAGGAGAAUGUGCAGGUGCUUUUGCCGGCCGCUGGUCUGCUGCAGUUACAGGAAGUUAAAAAGGCCUGCUGCGAGUUUCUCAUAACUCAGCUUCACCCAACCAACUGCCUCGGUAUCCGCGCCUUCGCUGAUUUGCACGCCUGCACGGAGCUGCUCAACCUCGCCAACACGUACGCAGAGCAACACUUCUCAGAGGUCGUGCAGAGUGAAGAGUUUCUCAAUCUGGGCAUGGAGCAAGUGUGCAGUCUCAUAGCGAGCGACAAACUCACCAUUCCAUCAGAAGAAAAGGUGUUUGAGGCGGUCAUAGCUUGGGUCACGCAUGACAAAGAUGUGCGUCAGGAACACAUGGCUCAUCUGAUGGAACAUGUUCGCUUGCCUCUUCUUUCCAGAGAAUACCUCGUACAGAGGGUGGAGGAGGAAACGUUAGUGAAGAACAGCAGCGCCUGUAAAGACUACCUAAUUGAAGCCAUGAAGUACCACCUGCUGCCGGCCGAGCAGCGCACCUUGAUGAAGACCAUCCGCACCAGAGUGAGAACACCCAUCAGCUACCCAAAGGUGAUGGUGGUGGUGGGACAGGCCCCUAAAGCCAUCCGCAGUGUGGAGUGCUAUGAUUUUGAGGAGGAGAGAUGGUUCCAAGUGGCAGAAUUACCCUCCAGGCGAUGUCGAGCAGGUGUGGUGUACAUGGGUGGUGUUGUGUAUGCUGUUGGGGGUUUUAACGGGUCGUUACGAGUGAGGACGGUGGAUGCAUAUGACCCCGUAAAAGACGAGUGGUGUUGCGUCAGUAGCAUGCAGGACCGGAGGUCAACUCUAGGCUCCUCUGUCCUCAACGGCUUGCUUUAUGCUGUUGGAGGGUUUGACGGCAGCACAGGUUUAGCUACUGUAGAGGCAUACAACGCUAAGGCCAAUGAGUGGUUCCACGUGAGUCCCAUGAACACGCGACGAAGCAGUGUUGGAGUUGGCGUUGUUGGAGGGCUGCUUUAUGCAGUCGGAGGCUAUGAUGGAGCAACCCGGCAGUGUUUGAGUACAGUUGAGGCCCACAACCCAAACACCAAUGAAUGGUCUUACACAGCAGAGAUGGGAACCCGCUGUAGUGGUGCAGGUGUCGGUGUGUUAAAGGGUCUCCUGUAUGCAGUAGGAGGUCACGCCCCUUAUGUUAGAAAGAGCUGUGAGGUUUACGACCCUGCCACUAACACAUGGAAACAGGUGGCUGAUAUGAAUAUGUCAAGAAACGCAGGUGUGUGUGCGGUAAAUAAUCUGCUAUAUGUGAUUGGUGGAGAUGAUGGCUCAUGCAACCUGGCUUCAGUGGAGUUCUACAAUCCAAACACUGAUAAAUGGACUCUGCUGCCCACCUGCAUGAGCACAGGACGCAGCUACGCAGGUGUGACUGUCAUUGAUAAGCCUCUCUGAGCAGCU